AUGAUAGUAAGCUUCUUCGACCAAUUUGCAAGCCCAGUAUAUAUGGGGGUACCACUAAUUGCCAUCGCAAUUGCACUACCCUGGGUACUCUACCCAACCCCCUCGUCUCGAUGGAUUAACAAUCGACUCACCACCAUACAAGGGUGGUCUAUUAAUAAGUUUACUAAUCAGCUGAUAUUACCACUAAAUACAGGGGGACACAAAUGAGCACUACUACUAACCUCAUUAAUAAUUUUCCUGAUCACAAUUAAUAUACUCGGCCUACUACCCUACACCUUCACACCCACAACACAACUGUCCCUCAACAUGGGAUUCGCUGUGCCCUUAUGACUUUCCACAGUAAUUAUUGGGGUACGAAAUCAACCAACAAUCGCCUUAGGACACUUUUUACCAGAAGGAACACCCAUCCCACUAAUCCCCGUACUGAUUAUUAUCGAAACAAUUAGCCUAUUUAUCCGACCAUUAGCCCUAGGGGUUCGGCUCACAGCCAACCUAACCGCGGGGCAUCUCCUGAUUCAACUUAUCGCCACAGCUGUAUUUGUUCUUAUACCAAUAAUACCAGCAGUAGCAAUCCUGGCCGCCACUGUACUAUUUAUGUUAACACUAUUAGAAAUUGCAGUAGCAAUAAUUCAAGCUUAUGUGUUCGUACUUCUUUUAAGCCUCUACCUACAAGAAAACGUUUAA